AUGGACCCACAACACGGUGGCUCCGCGAAUUCUUCGACUUCUUCAUCAUCGGAGAGCGUGCGGCCGCUGCCAUCUAUUGACAUCUCCCCACCACCCAGACUGCGACCACAUCAGCAGGCGUCGGCAGAUUCGCCUAGUUUGAACUCGUUGAAGUCCGUUGAUUCCGUGCCGGUGACUGGUAUCUAUCCGCUCGGCUCGCUCCGAAUUAAUGAGCCAACGGACAAUGAGGACGUCGAUAUGGACCUAGCCACACCGCUUACUGUCCCAGACACCACACCAGAGCGCACCAUGGAUAAGAAUUUGGAGCUUCUCAAGGGCGGCGACGUGUUGCUCCUGGAUGAUCUGCCGUCGAGCUUCACUGUGGGCUGCGACACGAUCUCCUUCUCCACCACACAGCAGUUCCUUGGCUUCCGGGACAUCCCCCCCGGCGCUCAUCUGAUCUGGGUUGCACCAUCGGAAUCGACUUCAUCGAGGAGUGGAUAUUGGAUCACGACCCCUACGAAAGAAGAGACCAGCCCCGGCAAGGUCUACGUCAAGCAGUGGGACAAGUUCAACGAAGUCCUGAGUGAUCCCGCCAGCCAGGCCGAGGAGAGGUUUCAGAGGGAACGGCUCGGCGAAAUCUUCGCAAACCUGGCCCCUUACCAGUUCAAGGCCUCCACGUCUGCUGUGUCACCACCAAGCCGGUCCGGUAAUGCUGAGCCAUUGCCUCCUUUCGUGAACAACACAACGAUAUGGCACCAACUGACGUCGUCCAUCCAAUCCCACCUGCUCAAUCGUGUCCUGGGAGGCAAUGAGGAGACAUGGCCAGUGAACACGACCGACAGAAUCGUUGGCGAGACUACAAUGCCCGAGGAAGCGCGACUCUAUCCCUCGGCCGCGGCUCAGUUCCAAUUUAGCUUUCCUAUGGAUCAGCGCCUGUUUGACACGACUGCGGAGGGCUCGGAGAGGACACAACAGGCGCUCGAUCCUACAACCUGGACACUGGCGAGGACGGACGACGGCAAGACUCUGCUGGGCGAGAUCCAGUUCGCCUUCCUCACGGGCAUGCACCUGGGCAACUACUCGUGUCUGCAGCAGUGGUGGUACUAUCUCGUGCACAUAGUCUUCAGGUCCUACCGCCUCGCGAUCGAGCGGCCCGAGCUCGCCCUUGACCUGGUCCAGACGUUCCACGCCCAGCUCGUCUACAACGACCGCUACCUGGAGGGCGACAUCAUGGAGAGCAUGCCGGGGGAGGCCAGGCGGCUGCAGAAGGCCCUGACCGUGUACAAGUCGCGGCUCAACGAGCAGCUGCUCUCGCUGGGCGACCGGUGCACGGCGGAGCAGAACGCCGUGGGCCAGGCCUUCUCGGCGCUCGAGAGCUGGCUCUGGCGCUUCGGCUGGGACCUCCGCGGCGAGUACGUGCGCUCGGGCAAGGUCAUGCUCGAGGACGGCGAGAUGGUCGAGGCCGAGCUCUCGGACUUUGAGAGCGAGGACGAGCGGGGCGAGUUCGCCGCCGUCGUCGUCGAUGUGGACGAGAACGGGCGGCCGACGGACUUGGUGUCCGUCUGA